AAUUACGUUUAUCACAAUGAAAAGUGCUCAUUUCAUCCUUGCAUUUUGUCUUUUGGCUCUAGCUUCCCCAUUAGCCUACGCAUCUGAUCCUAGCCCUCUCCAAGACUUCUGCGUAGCCAUCAACGACCCCAAGGAUGGUGUGUUUGUUAAUGGGAAGUUCUGCAAGGAUCCAAAGCUUGCUAAAGCAGAAGACUUCUAUUAUUCAGGGCUCAACAUUCCUAGAAACACAUCAAAUCCGGUAGGAUCCACUGUGACUCCCGUCAAUGUUGCUCAAAUACCGGGGCUCAAUACUCUUGGCAUCUCAUUGGUUCGAAUUGACUAUGCACCAAAUGGUGGCCUAAACCCCCCUCACACUCACCCUCGUGCCACCGAAAUCCUAGUUGUUGUCGAGGGCACACUCUAUGUUGGCUUUGUGACAUCCAACACCGAUAAUCGUCUCAUUGCCAAGGUCCUAUACCCUGGAGAUGUAUUUGUUUUCCCAAUUGGCCUCAUUCACUUCCAGUUCAAUGUGGGAAAAACCAAGGCCGUUGCCUUCGCUGGCUUGAGCAGCCAGAAUCCUAGUGUCAUUACAAUAGCCAAUGCAGUGUUCGGACCAAAUCCAUCUAUUAAUCCUGAUAUCCUUGUCAAAGCUCUCCAAUUGGACAAAAAUGUGGUGAAAAAACUUCAAUCAAAACUUUGGUGGGCUAACAAUUAGGGCGGCUAUAAAUUAUAUCACCAUAUUUACUUGGAAUCAAGUAGAUAAUUUGUUUGAAAUGAUAUUUGACAUGUUUCCUCUUUAUAGUU